AUUCGUUCUGCAACCAAGUUGACUGCUGCAAUUAUCAAGGCAACUGCCGAGAAAGCAGGAAGCAAGCUUCGAUUGAUCGCUCGUGCUGGAGUUGGUGUGGACAACGUCGACCUGAAGGCAGCCUCGGCAGCUGGUGUCAUGGUGGUGAACUCCCCGCUCAGUGCAACCAACUCGGUGGUAGAACUAGCGCUUGGACAUCUUCUUGCCCAGGCUCGACAGAUCACUCGGGCCGAUCGUACUUUGAGAGACGGCAAGUGGUUGAAGAAUGAACUUGUGGGACACGAGCUCGCCGGCAAGAAUCUGGGCUUCAUCGGAUUUGGCAGGAUUGGUCAGGCCCUUGGCCGUGUCGCUUUGGCUCUUGGGAUGAACAUCCAUGUGUACGAUCCCUUCCUCCCUGACAGCGUCUUGGCGAACUUCAACGCCACCAGGCAUGCUACAGUGCAGGAUGUCUUCAGAGCUUGCACCCACAUUACCAUCCACGCGUUCCUCUCCCCGCAGACCAGGCACAUGGUUAACACUGAGAUGAUUGGGUUGAUGCCUGGAGUGGCACCGGAUGGUACCAAGUGUGGAAACCACAUCGUCAACUGCGGACGCGGAGGCAUCAUCGACGAAGAGGCAGCUGCAGCUGCUCUCAAGAGCGGCAAGCUCAACUCGCUGGCCUUGGAUGUGUUUGAGGUGGAGCCUUGCGGCAAGAGCCCUCUCUUCGAGUCGGACAGGUUCCAGGCCUCCCCACACAUCGGAGCCAGCACCAUCGAGGCUCAGAACAGAGUGGGCGCUGAGAUCGCAGGAGCAGUU